AUGUACGAAGGUUUCUUCCUCACAGUGUCCCCAGAAUCUGUGCUGAAGGUAGCAAAGCACGCUUCUGAAAACAACAAGAUCUUUGGCUUGAAUCUGUCGGCUCCAUUUAUCAGCCAGUUCUACAAGGAGCCCAUGAUGAAGGUCAUGCCGUAUGUUGACAUCUUGUUUGGAAAUGAAACGGAGGCUGCCACUUUUGCAAGAGAACAAGGCUUUGAGACCGAGGACAUUGAGGAGAUUGCGAGGAAGGCCCAGAGUCUGCCCAAAGUGAACAAGCGGAGGCAGCGCAUCGUGGUCUUCACCCAGGGGAAGGACGGCACUGUAGUGACCAGCGGUGAUGAAGUUAAGAUGUUCCCCGUCUUAGAAAUCGAGCAGAGUGAGAUUGUGGACACUAAUGGAGCUGGUGAUGCGUUUGUGGGAGGGUUUCUGUCGCAGGUUGUUUAUGAGCGGCCGCUGGAGCAGUGCAUCCACGCCGGUCACUAUGCGGCCAACGUCAUCAUCAGGCGCGCAGGGUGCACCUUCCCCGAAAAGCCAGACUUUCACUGACAGCUGAAAGGCAUGAUGGGAGUGCCAGCUGCUCCUGUCCCUUCCUCAGCCGCCCCACGUCGCCCCGCCGCCUGCAUGGAGACUUCUGUGUUCCUGUUUCCGUUCGGUCCCGACUCCCAGAGGGCCACGAUUCGGAGAUGUAAUUACACGAAGAGAUGUGAUUUAAAUGGACUCAAAUGAAUGUUUUCAUUUCCUUUUUUAUAUGAAAAAGAAGCAGUGAUUCAUUACUUAAAUGGCUGUAUUAAACAUGUUUUAAUUUUUUUGGGGGGGGGGUGAUGAACUAGUAUUUGGUUUCCUUCCUCGGCCGUUGGAGACAACAUUGAAGCCACAUCUGGUUAUUUGUUUUUGACAAGGUGCAGUGAUGCAUUUGCAUUAAUCAAACAGCAAGACUACUAAAACCUGAAGUAACUGUCUCUUGGUAAUUAGCAACUUCUAAAAAGCUCUCACUUUGUUUUAAAAUUAAAUAAAUAUCGUCCCUUUCUUCAAGACAGCUCCCCCGAUUUCAGCACAGGAGUUUUUAUGCAGACUUCGAACUUGCCAUGAUAUACCAAAUAGUUUACGAAGCGCACAUUUUGAAAACCUGUACAGAUGGCCUGGAUGACGAGAGGACGUCUCGUCUGCAUCCAGUUAUGUGUUGAAGCAGGGGAACCUUUUUCCACGUGACGCCAUCUUAAACUGACAAAAAAUAAAAAAAAUGGAUCUAA